GGAGUUUUUGCCUGAUGGAACAGAAGCAGCUGAACAGAACGGGACACAGACACCGGGUCAAAGUGUGGGCACCUGGAAGCCAACACAGGAGAGAGGGUCUGGGGGCCCUGAGUGGCCCGGGAGGCCGGAAGGAGGCAGGCUGGACCACCUCCACCCCGCUCGGAACGCGGAAACCUAGACGAGACCCACCGCUCAGCGCCUACCCCCGCGGGGCGGGGACCACCCCUCUCCCCGGACCCUGCAGACGGCGCCCCCGCCCACACCUUCUGACUCAGCCGCCCGGGAGGACGACACCAAACCCCGGGAGGGGGGACAGCCCUACAGCACACGACCCUUGGUCCCUAGACGGUACUCAUCGGGGGUCCCGGGCUGCGGCCGUGCUCCUGUCCUCCUCAGUCCGCACUGGCCAGGACGGCCCGCGCUCCAUUCCCUUCCGGGACGCCCCGCACCCCAUUUCCGGUCCCGGUUCCCCCCCCACCCACCCGCCGCGCGCUGUGGUUUCGCCCGCACGGCCCAGAACCGCCGCGCCAGGUCUGUGCGCUCGACUCCACUCGACCACUCCCACGAGCGUCCGCUGCUCCGGCGAGUGUCCGCCGCUUCCGCGUGACUGCCGCUCCCGCGUGACCGCCGCCCGGUGUCCUCACGCUCCCGCCCCGCUUGCCGCCAAGAUGAUGUGUGGAGGGCCUUCCGCCACGCAGCCGGCCACGGCCGAGACCCAGGCCAUCGCCGACAAGGUCAAGUCCCAGCUGGAGGAGAAGGAGAACAAGAAGUUCCCAAUGUUCAAGGCUCUGGAGUUCAAAAGCCAGUUGGUUGCUGGGAAGAACUACUUCAUCAAGGUUCAAGUGGACGAGGAUGACUUCGUGCACAUCCGAGUGUUUGAAAGCCUCCCACACGAGAACAAGCCCGUGGCCUUGACCAGCUACCAGACCAACAAAGGCAGGCACGACGAGCUGACCUACUUCUAGGCCCGAUUUUGCAGAGUCCAUCACCCACGUGGGUCUCUCCUCUGCAGACCUGUCUGGGACCAGACGCGGUGCCCCUCAGGGUGGGGUGGUGUCUCUGUUCCCUGCUUUCACUGUGUUCAUUUUUUUCUCCCAAUCCAUGAUUUUAACUAAAUUUCCUUUGAGGGGGGCUUGUGUUAUCUUUAAAUAAACAUGUGUUUUCUGUUUUCACAAA